UUGUGGAUGUGGAUGCAGAUCCUGCAACCGAAAGCUGCGAGGGAACCAUACAAAAAUGCUCUCGUCGUUCGUUCAGCUCACAACAUGGCUCGCUCAAGAAACAGGAGCGGGCGGAGCAGGACCCCAGAGCAGUUCGAGCUCGAGGUGCCGGAAAGCAGGCCCAAGAUCGUUCACACCUGGAGGGUCAGCUGUAGCACGCUGGCCUGGUUCGUCCUUGUUAUAUGUAUAAUAAUUUGCGGGACUAUUUCUGUCGUCCUUUGCCUCCAACUCAAAAGGGAGGUCGUAGAGGAAGUGCACAACGCCUCUGCGACCUUCCGAGAAUUUAUGGGGAGUCCAAUGGUCCGGGACGCCAUCGAGAGCCUAGCCGCCGUGAGUUCGGAGCUCGCGGCGGCGGCGAAGGACCUAAAAGAGGAACGAGCCGCCAAGUCGGUGGCUCGGAUCCUGGCGCAUGUCGCCGAUAAGAUCGGCGAGCUCGACGAUAUCGAGCUUGCUAAAUUGUGGCGCCAGGGCUCCGACCUCGUCGGCAGCCUCUCAAGGCUGUCGAAGGACGCCUCUGCCACUCUUGAAGGGGUGUUGGCUGUCCUGACGGAAGCCCCGGCUACAAAGCACCGCUUGUGUGGGGUCGCCGGAUCAAUACUCGGUCUUUUUUUCGGCAACUGCUAAACAAGCUUGGUUGUAGGUAAUUUAGGUAUAAUAAUUUGUAAAUAUCGUCCUCCACGUGCUCGACGCGCCCACCCGGGAGUGAUACGAUCUGGAAAGCCUGCGGACUGCCGGUAAGCGUCAUUUUUCCAUCGCGCACUGAUGUCAGAAAAAAAACACGCAGGCCAUUGACUGAGUCGCUAACUCAGUCGGAUAAUGGGCGUAGAACUACGCUCUUCUGAAUUUUCACCUGGAUCCUUAGACAUGUUUAUAUCAAAAUAUCAGGCUCUCCCGAAUAAAAAUUUUCUUUUCCACAAAUACAUACAACAGGAUUUACGGUCAUAAAA